UUGUUUUGUGCAACUAUAUUUUGAGCGCGUUGAAAAUAAUAAACACAAAAGGUAUUCAUUUCAAUUUAUAUAAUUUUCGUAUGGUACAUACUGUAGCCUGUGUAUAUAAUGAUAGUGUUACUGCUCUUAAUUAUUGUUUCUUUUUCCUUCUAAAAAUUGUAUCAUGACGUAAAAAUAAAAAUGCCAAAACGCUGGUAUUUUUUUUUACAGUCGUGUUUUUCAUUUUCUUUUACAGACUCGAUGUAAUAUAUUUAUUUAUUAAUAUUUAUUAAUACGAAUAAUUUUACGUUUUCACCUAACCCUCAUUUCUCCUAGUUUACUAAUUACUGUUUAAAAAUCCCGAACUUAACUUUUUAAAAUGAUGGCCCUAACAUUUUAUACAUCCUUUUCAUCCUAAAUGUGUUGUUAAAUCUUUGCGCUUGAACCUUUUUUUUGAUUUAGCUUUAUUUAAUGUUAAAUGUAUUUCAUCACGCGUUUAUAUUUAGCGAUUUAAAAACAAAUAAACAAAAGAGAUAAGUACACAUGAUGAAUGAUAGGUUUUAGUUCCGGGAGUGAUAGGAAAGGGGGCGGGGCUGACCCUGGAGGCGCAUGCGCACUGACCGCUGUACUCGCAUGUUUUGUGUCCUCGGUGUCACAGCCGGAGUGUCACUUUUUAAUAUUUAUAUGUUUGUGUGUUUAUGUUUAUUUAUGUUAUGAAAUCGAACAUUUUGCGCGCGAGUAAAGUAAAAUGCUGCAGUUUCCUGCUACAUUACUGAGAGCUGCAGUGAAAACUCACCUGAGUUCAGGUGUGUUAAAGUGUGUGUGCAGGAAUGCGUGGGUCAAAACUGGAGGAUGGAAGACCAAGAAAAUACCUCAGAGAUACCUGGGACAGCCGAGUCCCUACACACACCCUCACCUCAUCAAACACGGCGAGGUGACUCCCGGUGUGACUCAGACGGAGUAUGAGCUGCGUCGGCAGUGUCUGGCGUCCCUGAUCGAGUCCCGUGUCCCCGACUCAUCCCACGUCCUCAUUAUCCUGUCUCACCCGGUGCGCUACAUGACUAAUGACAUCCCGUACCCGUUCCACCAGAAUCAGGACUUCCUGUAUCUGACGGGCAUGCUGGAGCCCGACUGCGCCCUCGUAAUGUAUGGCUCGCCCCGCCCCGACCGCACCCUGCUCUUUGUCCCACCCAGAGACCCCGCCCGGGAAUUAUGGGAUGGACCGAGGUCAGGGCGAGAUGGAGCUGCUGCUCUCACUGGCAUCCAGACCGUCCACAGCAUCGAGGAGCUUGGCUCUGUCCUCAGUGCCGUUAAAGGAUCUAUGGUGUGGUAUGACGGUUCUCAGCCGGUUCACCCUCGUCUCCAUCAGACUCACGUGCGCCCCCUGCUGGAGGGACAGGUGUUGGUUCGCCCCCUGCGGCCGCUCACUCACUCUCUCCGGGCGAUAAAGAGUCCCUCAGAGGUGGAGCUGAUGAAGCGGGCGGGACACAUCACCGCACAGGCUUUCAGGAAAACCAUGGCCAUGUGCCAAGGGGACAUCGACGAGGCGCUAAUAUACGCUAAGUUCGAUUACGAGUGUCGAGCACACGGUGCUAACUUUUUAGCGUAUCCUCCAGUGGUUGCUGGCGGAAACCGAGCGAACACGCUUCACUACAUCAACAACAACCAGAUUGUCAAGGAUGGAGAGAUGGUGUUGUUGGAUGGCGGUUGUGAAUAUUUUGGCUAUGUCAGUGAUGUCACACGCACGUGGCCCGUGAGUGGAAAGUUCAGUGAGGUUCAGCGGUGUGUGUAUGAGGCCGUGUUGGAGGUACAGUCAGCAUGUUUGUCUCUGUGUGUUCCUGGAGUCAGUCUGGAUCAUAUUUACUCAUCCAUGCUCACACUGCUGGCCAAACAGCUGCUACAGCUCGGUGUGUUACCACACGAUACGGACCACGCCGACGCUCUCAAGGCUGUGCGGCGUUACUGUCCCCAUCAUGUAGGUCAUUACCUGGGUAUGGACGUUCACGACACUCCUGAGUUGUCUCGCUCACAGCCCCUGCAGGCCGGUAUGGCCAUCACCAUCGAGCCUGGUCUGUACUUCAGUGAGGAUGACGAGUCGUGUCCGCAGCACUUCCGUGGUCUCGGUGUGCGCAUAGAAGACGACGUGGUGAUCCGAGAACAAGGCGGCCCCCUGAUCCUGUCAGCACACACUCCAAAAUCAGUGUGUGAUGUGGAAAGAGUCUGUGCACAGUCGGAGGGAUAAAGGCCUGGUUCUGCAUUACUCUACUCACCUUUGUGUUUGGUACUCUUCGUGAAGUACCCUUGUCUCAGGAAUCUACAAGAGUGACGAGGUGAUGUUUAGGAUACAGCCGAGCACUGGAGACAUGCUGUAACCCCGUGUGCACCAUGAGCUCGUAUGUGUGUGUGUAAAAGUAUGACUGUGAAUUGCCUCGUCUGGUUGCGUUCUUCUCUGAAAGUGUUUUUUCCAGUAACAUUAAAAUUGUGAUUUUAAGAAAAGCCAUGUUUACAGGUUUCCAUAUUAAUAAUAAUUAAAAUUGAAGUAGGCGUGAUAAAGCCUCAAUAAACCCGGCAUCCGUAAUAAAAUACGUUAUAAAGCUCGGAUGCGGACAGCUAUAAAUUCUCACAGGACGCAGUGAAGACAGGACGGAGACAAAGUGAUGGAACCCAAAUAAUAUAAACAUGUGCGAUUUCAUUUUCUCCUUCCUGGCGGACAUCAAGCUUCUAGAACAAAACAUCCAUUUUUCCACUCAAGAUCACAGAUAUGACUGCAACGAUCAGAGUUCAUGAAAACAGAUUUUCUCAGGGGUAGAAAGAAAGAUGGAAAUAAAGAACAUGUUUAUCAGUGAUUUAUCAGUCCACUCAUUCGCAGUCCUGCUGCGAUAUAAUAUAUUUGACACAUUUUAAU